UCUGGAAAGGGUAAGAAGGCAGGGGGCAGAAAGGGGGAGAGAGGGGUUUGUCAUUCUCUAAAAAAUUGACUUUUUUGAGGUCCUGGAAAUUCCGAAAGGAAGUUGGGAGAGAGAGAGAGAGCUGCAUUUGCAGUGUAAAGUGGCGAAGCAAACUCAAAUAAAUUGAAGAGAAUGUUUGUCUGCUCCUCACCCUCUUCUUCUUCUUCUCAGAAGAUACAAUAAAUAAAUCCGUCGCCAACAGAAAGGGCUUCUGUUUUAUGAGAUCCCUAAAAACCCAAGUUUUUGCAGAGAGUGGAUCCGCUCUCCAUUAUUUCCGAAGAAGAAGAGGAUGAGCCCAUUCCCACUCCCUUAUAUUUGUUUUGGGCGCCGCAUAAUCUACAACUGAGCUCUGCCACCAAAAUGAAACGCGCUUACAAGCUACAAGAAUUUGUGGCUCAUUCGUCCAAUGUCAACUGCCUCAAGAUUGGGAAGAAAUCCUCCAGGGUUCUGGUUACCGGGGGUGAAGAUCACAAAGUGAAUCUCUGGGCCAUUGGAAAACCUAAUGCUAUACUGAGCCUGUCGGGUCAUACAAGUGCCGUUGAGUCUGUGAGCUUUGAUUCUGCCGAGGUCCUAGUUGCUGCAGGAGCAGCCAGUGGCACAAUAAAGCUCUGGGACCUUGAAGAGGCAAAGAUUGUCCGUACGCUUACUGGACACAGAUCAAAUUGCAUAUCUGUGGAUUUCCAUCCUUUUGGGGAGUUCUUCGCAUCUGGUUCUUUGGAUACCAAUCUGAAGAUUUGGGAUAUUAGGAGGAAAGGUUGCAUUCACACGUAUAAAGGCCACACCCGAGGUGUUAAUGCAAUUAGGUUCACUCCAGAUGGUCGUUGGGUUGUCUCUGGUGGUGAAGACAAUGUAGUGAAGCUCUGGGAUUUGACUGCUGGAAAGCUUUUGCAUGAUUUUAAGUGCCACGAGGGCCAGAUUCAAUGCAUAGACUUUCAUCCCCACGAGUUUCUUCUUGCAACAGGUUCAGCGGAUAAAACUGUAAAAUUCUGGGACCUUGAAACCUUUGAGCUAAUUGGGUCAGCUGGACCCGAGGCUUCAGGAGUGCGUUCAAUGACCUUCAAUCCCGAUGGGAGAACCCUGCUCUGUGGAUUACAUGAAAGCCUAAAGGUUUUCUCAUGGGAACCUAUAAGAUGUCAUGAUGCUGUUGAUGUGGGGUGGUCUAGAUUGGCAGAUCUGAACAUUCAUGAAGGCAAACUCCUUGGAUGCUCUUAUAAUCAAAGUUGUGUUGGAGUAUGGGUUGUAGACAUAUCGCGGGUAGGGCCAUAUGCAGCAACUAGCUUGCCCAGGUCAAAUGGCCAUUCAGAAUCAAAGUCUGGUCCCUCGGGGAACCAGAUUGUACACCAAUCAGAGAGUACUACUGUAAAGGUUAAUAUUGGAAGACUAUCAAUCUCACAAAAUUCAGAUACUGUUGUGAAAGAACCCAAGAAUUCUUUACCCAUGUCUGCAAGUGGAAGUGUUCCAGGUACUCCUCAGAGGCUUGGAUUAAACAAUGGUCCCAAGGUACUUCCUCCAAGUUCCACAUCAGCAUCUAGUGCAUCAUCGUUGAAGAGAAGUGUAGGAGCAAAAGUCCAACCAGCAUCUAAUCUUCAGAUGAUUAACAAGCCUGAAAUUGUACCUGUGAUUGUGCCUAGAAGUAGUGCCAGAGUGGAUCAGAGUCAGAGUUUAGAUUCCAGGAAAGAAAGUAGUGUUGUUGGGAGAACGAUUCCAUAUUCAAUACAAGCAAAGUUAACUGAACCACGGAAGCUAUCAGUCAGCAGAGACGAUCCUGAGAAAGUGAAUGUUGCUGGGCAAUCUGGACCCAUGGGUCAUAAAAGCACUGAAAUGAAUGAAGGAACGGACCAAAAUUUUCUCUCUGGGUUUGAUAAUACGUGUGGACCAACAACAGCACCUGAAGGGAACAGGGGAGAUAUCAGAUACAUGGGUGCAGGGAAGCACCGAUUAGAUAUGAACCUGGAGCCUCCUGCAAACUAUUCUCGUAGAAAUUUUGACGGUAGGCUGCUUCAAACUACGAGGGAAACAAGCUCUAUUGAAGUUCCUGGAGGGAGAACCCGUUCUCUUGUUGCUAGUUGGGAAAGGAGAGAAACAUCUCCAAGCUUUGAUGCAUCAACCACCAGUUACUCCUCUGAGACAAUGCCUGAAGGUCAUGUGCCUUCACUUAACUUGAGAGGACAUUCGCAGUCUGUUGAAAGAGAAAUGGCUCCUCCCAGUGAUGAAAGUGUUAUUGAUGAUGUAAUCAGACAGCGGGAUCAAUUCAUGAGUUCCAUGCAGUCUCGCUUAACAAAAUUACAGGUAGUUCGCAGGUUCUGGGAAAGGAAUGAUGUCAAAGGUGCUAUCAACGCAAUGCAAAAAAUGUCUGAUCAUUCUGUAUUUGCUGAUGUAAUCAGCAUUCUGAUGGAAAAGAGUGAUAGUAUUACUCUAGAAAUUUGUACUUGCCUCCUACCGCUCCUCUCAAGCUUGCUUGAUAGCAAAAUGGACAGGCAUAUAGGCAUUUCCCUAGAGGCAUUAUUGAAGCUUGUGAGAGUUUUUGGUCCUGUGAUCCACUCGACAUUGUCGGCCUCUUCAUCUGUCGGUGUGGAUCUUCAAGCGGAACAGAGGUUGGAACGGUGCAAUUUGUGUUUUAUUGAGUUGGAGAAGGUUAAGCAUGCUAUUCCAUCCCUUGCCAAGAAAGGAGGGUCAGUUGCCAAAUUUGCACAGGAGUUGAAUCUGACUCUUCAGGAUGUAUUGUGACGAUAUUAAGGUGUAGAAUCUUAGUUUUGGACUGCGAAACAGAUGCACAACAGCAGAAGGCAGCAUGAGGAGAUUUACAUCAAUGCAAGAAACAGUAUGACCAACAAAGUGUGGGAAACACUUGGCACUUGGGCGGCGAGAACCAUUUUCCUGGUAACUCUUGAUAUAACUACCUUUUUUGCUCCCUGUAAAAUGAAAAUUUUUUGGUUGCAGUUUGGUGCUUAUGUUGAGUAUUAUAGCCCUUUGCAGCCUUCAAUCUUUUUCCACUUCUCUUUACUAACCCUGUACAUGUUGGAGUUGAAUAUGUAACCAUCCCAGCUGACUACCAAGGGGAAUUACGAUAAUUAUUGUCCAAAAAUUUAUUGUCACGUGGAAACCUCAUAUAGAUGUCAUGGUCUUGUGCUUUCAGCAAGUUAAUUUGUAAUGGCUGGUUGCCAAGCCCUGUAUGUUUCUGAUGAGCAAUUGCAGUGGCAGCUGUGUUACUCCUGCAGGAUUUGAUUAUGUUCAUUUGCCAGAGACAAAUAUUAUUACCUCGCACUAGCCUGUUUUUUUGGCAGUGUAGAAGUGCCUUUGUGGUGAACUUGUCGCCUCCUAAGCUUGAUUGCAAUUCUUGGCCUUUCUUGGGGCACUCUGGAAAAGUUCAUGACAUGGGUAUUUUGCGGUCUUUGAUGUAGUCAUGUUGGGUAGGUUGGUCUUAAUUUGUGUAUAUAUCAUUGUAAUUUCCUUUAGCAGGAAAACAACCAGAUAUUUUGAGCGAUUAGCUUCUAUUGUACUGCAUUAAGAGAUCAACUUGGGGCUUUUGUCAUUUAAUGUAGGUGCCUUUGUUCAUUAGAUGAUCAGUUA